CUAGCUGUUGCAGCGUUCAGGGGGCCGGGCUGAGUCGGGUCGGAACUUUAAAUAGCAUCACUCUGACUGGAAAAUGUCUGGCCUUGAAACCCUCUUCAGGUACAUUGAUGAGCACCAGGAUCUCUAUGUUCGGCGUCUGGCCGAGUGGGUGGCAAUCCAGAGCGUGUCAGCAUGGCCGGAGAAGAGGGGUGAAAUCAGACGAAUGAUGGAAACUGCUGCCAAGGAUAUUGAGCGGUUGGGUGGCACCACUGAACUGAUGGAUAUUGGGACCCAAAGGCUGCCUGAUGGUUCAGAGAUUCCUCUGCCUCCAAUUAUUCUCGGCAAACUAGGCUCCGAUCCAAAAAAGAAAACUGUCUGUGUCUAUGGGCACCUGGAUGUACAACCUGCUGCCCUAGAGGAUGGAUGGGACAGUGAGCCCUUCACUUUGGAAGAAAGACAUGGAAAGCUCUAUGGACGAGGGGCAACAGAUGAUAAAGGUCCAGUACUUGCUUGGUUGAACACCUUGGAAGCUUAUCAGCAAACUAAACAGGAAUUCCCAGUCAACAUCAAGUUUUGUCUAGAAGGCAUGGAAGAAUCUGGCUCCGAGGGCCUUGAUGAAUUGAUUUUUGCUCAGCGUGACACUUUCUUCAAAGAUGUAGACUAUGUUUGCAUCUCUGACAACUAUUGGCUUGGGAAGAAAAAACCCUGCAUCACAUAUGGCCUAAGGGGCAUCUGCUACUUCUUCAUAGAGGUGGAAUGCAGUGACAAGGACCUUCACUCUGGAGUUUAUGGUGGCUCAGUACAUGAGGCUAUGACUGAUCUAAUUGCUUUAAUGGGCUGUCUUCUGGAUAAGAAAGGGAAAAUUCUUAUCCCUGGCAUUAAUGAUGCAGUGGCGCCCCUUACUGAUGAGGAGCUAAAAUUAUAUGAAAAAAUUGACUUUGACUUGAAGGAAUAUGCAAAAGAUGUGGGAGCAACAAAACUACUGCAUGACUCAAAAGAGCAUAUCCUAAUGCACAGGUGGAGAUACCCAUCCUUAUCUCUUCAUGGAAUUGAAGGAGCCUUCUCAGCAUCAGGAGCCAAAACAGUGAUUCCAAGGAAAGUGAUUGGCAAAUUCUCAAUCAGGCUGGUGCCAGACAUGACUCCAGAAGUUGUCAGCAAGCAAGUUGAGGACUACCUGAACAAAAAAUUUGCUGAGCAGCAAAGCCCAAACAAGUUCAAAGUGUACAUGGGCCAUGGUGGAAAACCCUGGGUGUCAGACUUCAACCAUCCCCACUACAUGGCUGGUAGGAGAGCCAUGCAGACAGUCUUUGGAGUUGAGCCAGACUUGACAAGAGAGGGAGGAAGCAUUCCCGUCACCCUGACCUUCCAAGAGGCUACAGGCAAGAAUGUAAUGCUGCUGCCUGUUGGUUCUGCAGAUGAUGGUGCCCAUUCUCAGAAUGAGAAACUGAACAGGUACAAUUACAUCCAGGGAGUGAAGCUGCUUGGAGCUUACCUCUAUGAAGUUUCUCAACUGAAGGACUGAAUUAAGAUUUCAUUCUCACUAGCACGAGCAAUUUGGAUAUCAGUUUGGAAAUCCUACAGGCGAGCAAGCAAAGACUAUCAAAAUACUACAGCUGGCUUCCCCUUCUACUUGCCAACACUCCUUUUCCAUAAGGGGGGAAAAAAGCCUUUGGGCUCCAUUCCAGAAACCUGCAGCAUUCUGUACCAAACUGCUGCUUUCAUUCCAUAUCUCCAGCUCUGAAGGAAGAAGAAUCUCAACACCUGACAAGUGGUUCUGCAUCUCUUCAGCUCCUCCCCUCUCUGAAUCAAGUCUAUGGCUUGCCAUGUGCAUUCUUUCUUCCUUCCUCACUCCCAGAUUAACAGAAGGAAGAGUUGUUUUGUUCUCUGCCAUGCUAGAGAGUUCUAUACUGACCUACAGUGGCUGAAAUGAAUAAGAUGCUCUCUUUAUGGAGAAAGUCCUGGCAGCACUUUAAUGCUAGACUCCAAGGGGUAUACUGGAAUUCUUGCGAACUAUAAUGAGGGGCCAUCAGGCUAGGAUGGGGCUGAACAGUUGGCUUGCUGUAGCAAAACUGCUUGCCUGUAGACCAACCUGAAUACUUCCUAUGCAGUGUACCAGUGACUGGCACUUUUUUCCCUUUGUUCUCCAUGUAAAGGCUGACAAAUAAAAAUUAGAUAUGGCUCUAGCA